AUGGGGUGCUCCAGCAGCUUGCAAACGGUGAGGAGCGAUGCGCCUCCCUCACCAGGACCUCCCUCACCGGCCAGUGGCAGCACGUCAAUUCGCCCAAGCAUGCAGUCAGUGCAGUCAGGCAACAGCCGCUGCAGUACUGCUUCCAGACGGGAGGUCUCUUUCAAGGAGCCCCGGGAGCUGAAAGACGAAGCCUCCGAACAAGGCUUACGGAUGCAAAAGUAUCUUGAGCUCAUCGAGGAACACCCGGAAAUCCUUGAGAGGAAAGUGUAUCGCAAGAGGUCGAGGGACCUGAAAGCCACUUGCGUUACGUCUCUGUGA